GACUUAAGUUUUGAAUCUUGUAGCUCUAGCGGAAGUUAAAUUUAUGAGUCUUGUAGUUCCCCCUCUAUAUGUCUAGAUAAUCGUAAUUUUGAUUCGCAAUAAAGUUUUCAAUUUACAAAUUUUCUAUCUUAUCGUCAAGAAUGCCUUUGUGGAUCUUUUCACAUCGUGAAUCAAAGAAUACAUCGGCUGAAAUUGAACCCAUUACAAAUAUCGCACACAGUGAUUCAGAUGAUACUGGGGAUCGAAAGGAACGUCAGAAGGCUGAAGGUAAUGCUACGAGUUGCUCCUCAACCUACGACCGCUUCCUUUUAACUAAGAAUGCGAUAAGUAAGCGAGAUGCUCGCAUCAGCAAUCCUGAUGUUGAAUCAAUUGAGUGCUUAAUUACGCGAUUUGCCAAGGAAAUGAAUACCGCUGAGGAACUAAUAUGUAAGAAGAAAGACAAUAAAAAAAUGUUUGAACUGCAAAACUAUGAGACAGAUCGAAGGUAUCAGAUCUGGAAAGAGGAUCGUGAAAAGAUGUUUAACCGGCUCCAAAUUCACUGGAUUGAUCAAUUAAUUGAUUCACCUUUGGAGUGUACGACUUACUUACUUCGAAUAACUACAACCGCAGGCCUGUGCUACGGUAUCGGGCGAACCACAUACUUGUAUCGUACAAUGGACAAAUUAUACGCCAAGCUCAACGGCGUUACCCUCAGUCGAAUUGCCUUCAACGAAAUCGCAGUAGCGGUCACGAAAUCUAGUCUAGUAGCCUUUGCCGGUUUAAAUGGAAUCUUCUUAGGAAAAGUACUUAGCAGUCUAGGAUCAACUGUAUGGACUAGUGAUGUAUCACAACCAGAAAGAGCGUGGUGGCACGUAACUAACUGUGUACUUAUGUGCGGUAUCAUGAGUGGGGCAUCAUUAGCACUUAUAAAUUACCCUGUAUUAACACUCAAAGGUAUGAAGAUGAUAGUGGGAACAUUUGGGGCAAUUGGUGGUACAGCUGGCCUAUACCUAGGCUAUUUUGUCUACAGGCCAUUUGCUACAACAAGAACCCAUCACAUAUAUGAUGCAUAUUGGCGUCCGUGGUAUGAACGCAGAGUAAAAAUGGAUGGAGGUGGUAAUGUUCGUGGACGAUAUGUUUAAAGAAGUUCAUGAGCAAGACUUUUAGGAUGUUUGGUAGCUAAAUUCGUAGAGUUUGUUAUUGAUUCUUUUAUUACUGUUUACCUUUAUCUUUUCACGUCCCCAAA